UCCAGAAACAAAACAAAAGAAAAAAAAAAUUAUGAUGGGGGCGGAAAUACCUGCGCGUAAUCCCAUGUAUGUUUGCAUGGCGUGUACAACAUCACCCCUACGACCGUACAUGAUUCAUGACACCAAAUGUACAACCAGCCCAUGUGUUUGACAAGGAAGAAAGGAAGACAAAGCAUUCUUUUGCCCCCUCACUUACCCCCCUCCUUUUUGUGUGGUGGCUGUCUCUCUUUUGGUUGGUUGUCAGUGAUUGAUUGUUGCCAGCGCAUGAUUUUGUACAAUUCCAUACAUUCACAAAAUGCUUUUGUUGGAUGUGCAGUUGGCCUUGUUAUUGUAAAAGACGUAUAAAUAUAGACCAGAUAGACUACAAUGAAAGAAAUUACAUGAAG